UCAGAUACAGUUUUAAUAAAAUGUACAUAAGUUUACAAGUGGAACAUUUCUUCAUGAUUACCAGGAACAGACGAUCCCAAGCGGAGUGCAAAAUUUGAGCCCAGGGAUCUGCCAGGCACGGGGGGAACAGAGGGGACAGGGGGGGACACAAGUCACGGCGUGUCACUGUGGGUCACCGUGUGUCACCGUGGGGAUCACGGGCACUCCCAGCUCCGGCUCCUCCUGGACACAAAGGAGGUUUUCCACGGCCAGUCUCGGUGUGUGGGACGCUCCACCUGCUGCAUCCCACAGCAGAGCGAGCCCCCUGCCCUGCCACCCCGUCCCUUUGGAGGCACGGGACCAGGAACGCCGAUCAGCGAUAUCCCUCUGACUCCACAGGGAGAUUUCUAGGGGUGUGUGAGGGUAUUUACCCACCUGCAGCAGAAACUACAGCCUGGGGGUUAUUUCUAGGAACGCUAAUGCAGCUGAUCACGUUUCAGGAAUGUGUUUGAGAACUGGAGCAGGGUUUCAGUGUCAUGGUACUACUGAAAAAGUGCUUUGGGGUCUGUCAGUGUGCUCGAAGGCGUUGAUUUAACACUGUGAGGAAACAAACAAAAACCCACAAAAUUCAACUCCCCAACACAAGAGUCUUUGGUGGAAGCUGAGUUAAAGUAACUGAUUAGCACUUUGGAGUGAUUGAGUUCAGCAAUGAAGCAGAUCUCACCCGGUUUUGCUGCUGUGGCACCGAGGACAUGAUCAGGCCAGUGCUCACUCGGGGUCGGGGUCACGGCAGGAGAGGGGACACUGGGGACAGUCCCCAAAGUCCUGCAGCAGCUGGGGGGACAGUCCCCCCCAGCAGUCACGGCAGUGAGCACAGAGCCAACUGCUUCUUUUACUGAUGCAGAAACUCUGAUUAAUCACUUUGAACAGAGACUUUAGUGCAUUCAGUGGGUGAGAACCAGGAGCCAGUCCCUCUCCCAGCAGGAUUCCGGGAUUGUCACAGGGAUGUGAUAACCAGAGGACCCAGGGCAGUGAACAACUUUUACUACAGCAUCACAAAAGAUGUGAAACCAGUGGCUCUUUUCAGAAAACUGAUUUCAAAACACCCCAUUGAGUCUGUAUGAGUCUCACUUCAUUAAGAUCACUGAUUGUGUGGCAAAUAAUUAGCAUGAUUCUUCCACAUUCAUUAAAACAGUAAGCUUCAGAUGCUAUGGAAAUUAAAUUUCCACUUACAACUCAUCACGCUGAGGCUGCAGCAGUGGUAGUGCAGGAUUAGGAGGAACACAAGCUGGAAAUGAGAAGGGUAUUAGAGUAACAGGCAUUGAAAUUGAGUUUUCUGACCAUAACCAGAAGUCCCAUUACCUGAUGAGUCACAUGCAGAGAUACAAACGAGCUGCCUCCACCCCCAGAAGAGAUUUAAAACCGUUUAAGCACUGGAUGUGUCUGGCAGGAUCAUGAGCUCUGGGGCACAGUUAGCGUGCUCUUCCUGUAAAGUGCCUGAAGGACAGAAAAGCUGCCAAAAUGCCAGCUGGAAAUUGAGCCUGCCCUGGCCGAGCAGGGCUGGAGUGGAGCCUGCACAGCUCGGUGCACCUUCCCUUUCUCCCAGCGUGAAGGGACAGGCUGAUGCUCCUCCAGCAGCAGCUCCGUGCUGACAGAAGCUGCACUGAAUUAUUCAGAAGCAAUUUUUCAAGUACAAAUGAAGAGAAGGAAGAAGCUCCAGUGAGCAGAGGCAACACCUUGAAGCCACGUGGCUCACACAGGGUACCUGCUCACUCCAGCAAAGCAUCUCCCUGUUGCACAGGUCCAUGCACCGAGGCCUGGCCUUCCUUCCAGCAGCUUCUGAGCACAUUGCAGAGCUCAAGGGCACUCCUGGCUCAGUGGGGCUGUGACACAGGCUGCUGGCUGGGCCCUCACACUCACGGUCCUUGAAUUCACAGUUUGCUGUCACAGUCAUUCUCUAUGUCUCUCACUGAUUGCAUCCAGCAACAACCGACUUGGGGGAACACAUAGUUAAAACUAAAACCACCUUUCGGGUGUAUGUUUAAACAGACAACUAAACAACAAAACAUAAUAACAGCGUCAGCUUUGCUGAAGAAACAUCUCAAGGGAAACCCAGAAAUUCUCUACAGUACUUCUGUUUUCAGGAGGUGGUGAUGGAGAGCAGAGAGCCCCAUAAGCACCACUAGGCACGGAUAUUUAUGAACUCAGUGCAGCCACGCAGGGCAGGGGGGUCCCGGCUCCACGAGUCCCCCCAACCUGGGCUCGGCUGGUCACUACUCACCAGCAACUCCUGGGAGACAAUUCCUCCCGCAUUCCAGUGUUCUCCCUCCCACCCCAAGGCUCCAACACCGCAGUCCAGGCUUUUCCCUCUCCCUUCCAGGCAAUCCCCACAUCCAGCACAACACUCGGCUCGUCUCUUGUACCUGGAGAGAUUUUGGGGGGAAGUGAAUUAAGGGAAGGGAAAAGGAGCACAGAGCGGCUGGGGUUUCCUUGCAAGCCAUUGCUCCGCCAGGUGAGGCCGGAUGAGUUUAACUCCCACCAGAGUGGGAGUAGCACAGAAGAUACACAAAAGACAACAGCCAUCAUGGGCCGUUAAGGGAACAUCAGCUCCAAAGAGCAGCCCCGGCACGGCCCGGGACACCUGGCCAAAGCAGAGAUAAGAACGAGCACCUAAUUAACACCGGAGGCAAAGAGAGAACCAACAGGAAAACAAACACUAAGAGCUACGUAACCUGGAACCAAUGAGCGCUGAAGCAAGGAAUUUCUAUGGGCUUCUGACUGUAUAAAAGACGUGAAAAAUCUCCUAAACUCAGGUGCCAUAGAGCGAUUUCCUCUGCACGCCCGGGCUGUGCGUGGACGAAAUUAUUUCUGCUGCACAUCGUGGCCAGAAGCGAAGUAAAGCCUUGGUUCUCUAGCACAAAAAAUGUUGUCGGAGGGGUUUUGUGUUUGCCGCAGUUCCGCUGACACGGGGAGCGGGGCCGGGCGGGAACGGGGCCGAGCGGAGGGCAGCGGGUGGCCGCGGCGGAGGGGCCGGGCCGGGCACCGGGGCAGCUCCGGGCACAGGAGCCGGGCCGGGCACCGGGACAGCUCCGGGCACAGGAGCCGGGACGGGCACAGGAGCCGGGACGGGCACAGGAGCCGGUCCAGGCACAGGAGCCCCGGGCGCAAGAGCCCCGGGCACAGGAGCCCCGGGCACAGCCCCCAGCGCAGCGCCGGGAGGGUGAAGCAGGAGCGGGAUGAUCGCUGUGGCAGCGGGAACGAGGAGCGACAGCCAUCAGAGCAGGAGCACCGGCGGGACAGGAGCGGGGACCGGGCCAGGAGCAGGGACCAGAACCGGCACAAGGACCACUCCGACAGAAAGAAGAAGCGCAGUGACAGUCCCGGAGCUCGCUGCCACCAGCGGGACACGCGGAACCUGCGGGAGCAGCAGGCAGAGAGGGAGUUGUACAACGAGAGGAGGCGACAGCACCGGCAGGGCACCGAGGGCAGCGGCCAGAACGCAGAGCCCUGGCAGUCGGAGAGCAAGCCCAAAUUAAAACCCGACGCCAACAAGAAGCCAAGCUUUGAGCCGUCGGGCGCGCUGCUGGAGGACACCAACACCGUGGGCGGGGUGCUGGUCCGGUACAGCGAGCCCCCCGAGGCGCGCAUCCCCAGGACGCGCUGGCGCCUGUACCCCUUCAAGAAAGACGAGCUCCUGCCCGUGCUGCACAUCCACAGGCAGAGCGCCUACCUGCUGGGCCGGCACCGCCGCAUCGCCGACAUCCCCAUCGCCCACCCCUCCUGCUCGCAGCAGCACGCCGUCCUGCAGUACCGCCUGGUGCAGCGGCAGCUGAGACCCUACAUCAUGGACCUGGGCUCGGGGAACGGCACCUUCCUCAACAACCAGCGCGUCCAGCCACAGCGCUACUACGAGCUGAGGGAGAAGGACGUGCUCAGGUUUGGCUUCAGCAGCAGGGAGUACGUCCUGCUCCACGAAUCCUCGGAUAAAUCUGAGGCCAACGCAAAGGACGAGGAUGAGGGUGAGGAGGAGGAAGAGGAAGGAAUUGGGGAGGGGCAGAGGAGAGAAACUCCUUGCAAUUGAACGGGCCCAUAGUACUCUCCAGUCCCUCUUGUUAAAACAAAAAAGGGGAUGGGGUAUGCCCUCAUUAAAGACUGCUAGAAGCCAUAUAUAUAUAUAUAUAUAUAUAUAUGUAUUAAAUUUUUCAAUCGUGUUCAGAAUGAUCUAACCCCAUUCCAAUGCCAUUUCAGUGGAUCACACACUCACCUAGAAAAAGCUCAAGUAUUUGUUAAGAAUCCUGAAAGUGGAAAAUGGGAAGGUCCCUUUCCAUUAAUAACCUAGGGGGAGCAUGUGCUUAUGGUUCCACAGGUCCUGGUCCACGAAGGGUACCAUCUAAGGAAAUACUGUAUCUUUUAGAAGGGUAUAAAAAGAGUUUGCCUUUCCUAAUAAAUGCCUCAGUUUCUCUGCCAGACUGAGUCCAUGCCUCAGUCUGCUCUUGGAUAGAAAACAACACUUCAUAAGGAGAGCAAAUGGAUUUUGUUUAGGUUCAUCCUUAAC